AUGGGGAAUAACCAGGUUUUCGCUGUCACCGUGUUUUUCAUUUGCUUUCGAGAAUGUCUCGAGACGACGGUGGUUGUGUCAGUUCUACUGGCUUUCUUGAAGCAAUCGCUCUACGACAGUGAUCGCCCGACGUAUAAAAGGCUAGUGAAACAAGUCUGGCUAGGAUGUGGCUUAGGCCUAUUUGUUUGUCUCGCAGUCGGGUCAGGCAUGAUUGGUGCCUUUUAUGGCCUCGGAACAGACACUUUCUCCAGCACUGAGGACAUUUGGGAGGGUGUUUUGGGAAUUAUCUCAUCGAUAAUAAUCACUAUUAUGGGCGCUGCCCUUCUGCGCGUGUCUAAACUUCAAGACAAAUGGCGUGUCAAGCUCGCCAAGGCUCUCGAACACGAGCACGAUCCUAACGAGACAGGGAAGGGUCGUGUCAAGAGAUGGUUGGAGAAAUAUGCUAUGUUCAUCCUGCCAUUUAUCACGAUUCUCCGUGAGGGUCUCGAGGCCGUUGUGUAUGUUGGUGGCGUUGGAUUAGGGCUUCCUGCCAGUUCCUUCCCCUUGGCCGUCUUUUGCGGCCUUUUGGCCGGUAUCGCAGUGGGCUAUAUUAUCUACCGAGGCGGACGACAGACCUCGAUGCAGAUAUUCUUGAUUAUUUCCACUUGCUUCCUCUACCUCGUUGCCGCUGGUCUUUUCUCGCGUGGUGUCUGGUACUUGGAGAACAACACCUGGAACCACGCUAUCGGAGGCGACGCGGCGGAGACGGGCUCUGGUGCCGGAUCCUACGACAUCCGACAGAGUGUCUGGCACGUCAAUUGUUGUAGUCCGCUUAUCGCAGGUGGCGGCGGUUGGGGCAUCUUCAACGCGCUUCUUGGUUGGACCAAUUCCGCCGACUAUGGCUCUGUGAUCUCUUACAACUUAUACUGGAUAUGUGUCAUGAUUGGCUAUGGGCUGAUGUUCUACCGUGAGAAGCGUGGAGCUAUUCCUGUCAUUGACCCGGCCAUGAACAGCGUCGCAAAGGCCAAGGCCAAAGCCAAAGCCUUUAUUCUGCGCCGUCCCUAUGAAGAUCCGGUAGCACCCGUUGAAACAACAGUUCCCGUUUCUGAGAAGCGUGCAGAAACUGGUGUUUUGGCUCUUUAG